CGGGAGCCUCCUGAGUCACGGGCCCCGCCCUCGGGACCCAGGCUGCCGGAGGCCCGGGAGCAGCAGACGGACUGACCGUCGGACGCGUGAACCAGGCGGAGUCCAAGGCGCAGCCAUGUUCCUGGUCAACUCGUCCCUGAAGGGCGGCGGCGGCGGCGGCGGGGGCGGCGGGGGCCUGGGGAACGUGCUGGGAGGCCUGGUCAGCGGGGCCGGCGGCGGCGGGGGCGGCGGCGGGGGCGGCCUGGGGAACGUGCUCGGGGGUCUGAUCAGCGGGGCCGGCGGCGGCGGCGGAGGAGGAGGAGGAGGCGGCGGCGGAGGAACGGCCAUGCGUAUCCUGGGCGGGGUCAUUAGCGCCAUCAGCGAUGCGGCUGCGCAGUACAACCCGGAACCUCCGCCCCCGCGCACCCAUUACUCCAACAUUGAGGCCAAUGAGAGCGAGGAGGUCCGCCAGUUCCGGAGACUGUUCAGCCAGUUGGCUGGAGAUGACAUGGAGGUCAGCGCCACCGAACUCAUGAACAUUCUCAACAAAAUUGUGACCCGCCAUCCUGAUCUGAAGACGGAUGGCUUUGGCCUUGACACGUGUCGCAGCAUGGUGGCUGUGAUGGAUAGUGAUACCACAGGCAAGUUGGGCUUCGAGGAAUUCAAGUACCUGUGGAACAACAUCAAGAAGUGGCAGGCCAUAUACAAACGCUUUGAUGCUGACCACUCAGGGACCAUCUGUGGCAGGGAACUCCCAGGGGCUUUUGAGGCAGCAGGCUUCCAUCUGAACGAACAGCUCUACAACAUGAUCAUUCGGCGCUACUCGGAUGAGGCCGGAAACAUGGAUUUUGACAACUUCAUCAGCUGCCUGGUCAGACUGGAUGCCAUGUUCCGUGCCUUUAAAUCUCUUGACAAAGAUGGAACUGGACAAAUCCAGGUGAACAUCCAAGAGUGGCUGCAGCUGACUAUGUAUUCCUGAAUGGGAACCCCAGACCUCCCCCCUCACCGCCUUGCUGCAGGAGCCAUCUUGGACCCCUGCCUGGGUCUUUCCCAGGGCUGACCUGCGUGCAGUCACGUAUCCACGGGUCCGGAGACCCACCGGCCUCCUCAUGCCUCCUAGCCCUUGACACCAGCUUCUCAGACCACAGCCGGGGCCCCAGGCGUACGUUACCUAGUUCUAAGACACUCCCUGUCCCCUGGGUCAGUCUCCCCACCCCUGUGCCCUAUUCCACACCCACUCCAUAACCUCUACGUGCACCCAGUGCCAAGCCCAACACUUGUGUUGUUUAAACACCCCAAGGGCCCUCCUCUCAGUUCUGGGAGAAUCCCUGCACACCCCGUCACAACCACUCAGCCGUCAUGCCCACGCCCACAGCCCUGUGCCUUCAUCUGCGUUGUUCUGCUCUCAGCCUGCUAGGCUUUGGAAAUAAAGCAGGUCUGUUGCUGCUCUGUGGAA